CUCACUAGGAAACCUCUGUGGGUCUCCACAAGAAGCAAAGCAUGAUUGUAAAAGGAGCUAGGAAUGAUGUCCACAGAAGUCUCACUGAUAAUAGAAAUACAAAUAGAACAGUAGCAAUGAGAACAUUCUAGAGCAGAAACUGGCUAAGCAGUGUAAUACCGUGGGACCCAGCCUUCUAGAGAACAAGGACAUGUAGCAGGUCCACUCGGGGGAAAUACACAUGAAAUGAUUCAAGUAAAAAUCAAUGCAAAAUGGUGGGUGCACACAGAACAAUUUGAUAUGAAGGAAUGUUGGUGAAAAGUAGUUGCUGGUUUUAACUGUAAAUAUUAGCUGUGUUUUUUCUUUUAGUUGUUAAACUUCACAAUAAAAUGGAAGAAAAACCCCUUUCAGAAAGAGAACUACCUCUCCAUUCUUAAUGAUCCACAUCUUUAAGUGCUUUAAAAUAAGUACUGUGCACUUCCCGCUGGACCACCACAACAUCGCUCAUCAAACUUGCGAAAAAAGAAGGACAAAUGCAGAAAUCAGAACUGCAGGGACUUCCUCCUUUGCACACAGCUCAAAGAUUGGAGGCCACAGCUGCCAGAGAAAGGAGGAACUAGGAGGAUGCUUAAAUAGCAGGCUUGCCUUCUGCAGUCAGCCUACAGCAGAUCCAGCUUCCAGGUCAACAUGAAGGCUCUCCUCACCCUGGGGCUCCUCCUGCUUUCUGUCCCUGUCCAGGCCAAGGUCUAUGAACGCUGUGAGUUCGCCAGAACUCUGAAAGACAAAGGAAUGGACGGCUACAGGGGAAUCACCCUGGCAAACUGGGUGUGUUUGGCUCAGCAUGAGAGUAACUAUAAUACACGAGCUACAAACUACAACCGUGGGGACCAAAGCACCGACUAUGGGAUAUUUCAGAUCAAUAGCCGAUACUGGUGUAAUGAUGGCAAAACCCCGAGAGCUGUGAAUGCCUGUGGGAUCCCCUGCAGUGCUUUGCUCCAGGAUGACAUCACUCAAGCCAUGCAAUGUGCAAAGAGGGUUGUGAGGGAUCCACAAGGCAUCAGAGCAUGGGUGGCCUGGAGAAACCACUGUCAAGGCCGAGAUCUCACCCAGUACCUUCGCAACUGUAGAUUGUAACCGCCGUGUGCCUCCACCUCAGCUCACUCUGUCUCUUUCUCGCUAUAGAAGUAGUUAUGGGAAAGGUCACACUUCCUUGGUUUCCCCUUCAGACAAGCAGGCUUUUAUCAGAAACAGGUGCAACAUGGAGAAGGUCUCCUAAGAGGCUUAAUGCUGACUAAUGUGUUCACUGUUUUAUGGAAAGUCUCCAUUUUUUGGUUAGCCAAGGGUGGUGACAGUGUUCUAGCCUUGGGUGUCACACACAUCUCUACAUCAGCUCUUCACCUAUGAAGUCAUUCACAUCAAGUGUCAUCAGAACUGAUCUUCAUCUCCCCACUGUUGGAUAGACAUACAGCAGAUAUGUAAGGAGACAGGAGAUCUUGGGUAAGAUGGCAUCUGUGUGAGCUCCCAGGCCUUGUGUGGGCUCAGCACCCAGACAGUAAAGAAGAGCCACUGUGUGGGGCAAGGUGGGUUUUUAAGGGAACAGAACUCUGAGUGAAUAGAACUGAGACUGCUGCACCUCAGAAACUUGUCAUGAAAUGUGUGAUCUUUCAAAGGUGAAUUAUCUUAGAGUUGGCCCAUUCAUAAUACUUGGAAGUAAAUUCUUAACUCAUGUGUUAACUUUUUUUUUGGUUUUUCGAGACAGGGUUUCUCUGUGUAGCUUUG